UGCAAAUUCUCCUAAAUUCAACCACACCUAAAGUUUGGUCUCAAAACUCUUUAUAUAAUCUCCUAAAUUCACUGCCAUUCUUACUAACCGAAUUAGCCAAACCAUAUUUUCAACCCAAAACUACUCUUUCUCUCACGCAUAACAGUAAAACACAGAAGAAUAAGUUUCUGAUUUCUGAGAUGGAGAGGAGUUUAUCAGAAAAUGGUUCAUCAGGAACAUAUGGAAGCAGUGAAGAGGAGAUGUCAAUAACCAAAGGUCCAUGGACAGAGGAAGAAGAUUCACUUCUCUUCGAUUACAUCACAGUUCACGGUGAAGGCCACUGGAACUCUGUCGCUCGCUACACAGGUCUCAAACGAACGGGAAAAAGCUGCAGACUGAGAUGGUUGAACUACUUGCGUCCCAACGUUCGACGCGGGAACAUCACGCUCCAAGAACAGCUCAUGAUUCUUGACCUCCAUUCCCGAUGGGGCAACAGGUGGUCGAAAAUAGCUGAACAUUUACCGGGGAGAACAGACAACGAGAUUAAGAACUACUGGAGAACGAGAGUGGUAAAGCAGGCUAAGCAACUGAAAUGUGACGUGAACAGCAAACAAUUCAGAGACACGUUGCGUUUUGUGUGGAUGCCACGUAUGCUGGAACGGAUUCAGGCUCAGGCCUCAUCAUCGGGCCAAGCCCAAACCACCUUAAUGUCCAACGUUCAAGCCCACAGCGACCCUUGUGGUGGAGCCACCGCCACCGCCUCGGCCAGUGACGCGGGUUUUCCGUCAGAGGCCUCUUCUGCGGCUGGUGUCCACGGCCACUCUCUCUCUGACUCCGGCGCGUCUUAUAGUUUAAUGGGUGGUGGAAGUUGGUAUUCGUAUGGUGCAGAAGAAGGUUAUGGCAGGGAAUGGGAAGAGAGAAACAAUGGGUACUCGGAGAUAGCAGGAAGUGGUUUUGGUGGUGUUGACAUGUGGACGGAGGAGAAUAUUUGCUUCUUGCAGCAGCAGCUCGCUGAUGACUUCUGACGCAUUUACAGUUUACAGUUUAACAUCAUGUUCCAUUACUUACGUCACCUUGUCGCCCCAAGUUGAAAGAAUUGCAAAGCUUCUCAUAAACAUAAUUCAUCAACUGUAACAACCGUGAAACAUGUUUUUUCUAGUUAGGUUAUUCUAAUUGAAAAUAAUUAAUAAUAAUUAGAAUAAGUUUUAAAAUAAAUAAUAACACACU